CCCUAGCUUGUCGGAUCUCUCUCCUUUUUUGGUCUUUUCCAAUUUAGGAAAACAUCUAUACAACAACACAACGUUUCAUUAGACUUUUCAAUUUUCUUCUCUUUGUGUUCCCCCAUAAGCAAAAUCUUCCGGCAUCUGUUCUCCGCUAAACACGGAGCAACAAGGCGGAAGAACCUUUUGUCUUUGGCCAGGAAAGAGACCCUUUUGGUUCUCCGGCCAGAGAUAUGGGAGCCGGUGGAAAAACGGUCAACGCUCACGUGCUCUCGGCCACGUAUCAUCACAAGCACGUGCGUCCUAUGGCCUGCGACGAGGACUCUGAUCUCCGGAGAGGCAUCGGAGAGCUUCUUUCGAGGUGGGGCGGGCUUCAGAUGGCCGUGAAGAAUAAGUGGGGAGGCCACGAUUCUCUCGAGAAAUCUCACGAGCUUGCUCACGAUCUUUUUCAUCUCUUGUCUCAACCAAAUGUGAUAACGGUGGAUGAGAUAGAGAGUUUUCUACAUGAGAGCUUGCUUCUUUCUUUCAACACAGAGAUGGAAGAUGGCAGCAUUGAAGAGGUAGCUGAACAAUUGCUGAUACUUUAUGAAGAGAUUUGUUUGCAUGGGAGUCAUUAAGCCAAAGAUACUACAGUUUGAAUGGAUUAAUUAGUUUUGGUGGACUAUUUUAUUUGAUUGUCCUUUUUGUACAAUGUAAGAUAUAAAUAUGAAAAUUUGGCGGCUGACAACAUGUGAUUAAUCAGACAUUAUAGAAUAUA